UACCAGCCCGUAUGCGGGUUGACAAGCAGUCUAUUUGUUAGCGCUGAAAAAUGACGCAGAAAUCCCUCCCGCUCCCGCAAAUGUUUGCGUCGAGCGCAAUUGCAGCUUGCACUGCGGAGGCGCUAACACUCCCUCUGGAUACGGCCAAGGUCAGGCUGCAAUUGCAAGCUGGCGGUAACAAAUACAAGGGCAUGCUGGGGACAGUCCUGGCGAUAGCUCGUGAGGAGGGCCCUUCGGCCCUGUGGAAGGGUCUUGAACCAGGCCUGCACCGCCAGUGCCUAUUUGGAGGCCUUCGCAUCGGCCUCUACGAUCCGGUCAAGUCGAUGUACGUGGGCAAGGACUUCAAGGGCGACCCGCCGCUGCACCUCAAGGUGGCCGCCGCACUCACCACGGGGGCGCUGGGCAUCACAGUGGCCAGCCCCACAGACCUGGUCAAGGUCCGCAUGCAGGCGGAGGGCAAGCUGCCCGAGGGGGUGCCCCGCAAGUACCCCAGCGCGUUCGGGGCGUACGGCAUCAUCGCCAGGCAGGAGGGUAUUCUGGGUCUGUGGAAGGGUCUGGGCCCCAAUGUGGCGCGCAACGCCAUCAUUAACGCGGCGGAACUGGCCAGCUACGACCAGAUCAAGCAGUCGCUGCUGGGUAUGGGCCUGCAGGACAACGUGGGCACCCACCUGCUGUCGGGACUGGGGGCGGGCUUCUUCGCGGUGUGCAUUGGCUCGCCGGUGGAUGUGGUCAAGUCGCGUAUCAUGGGCGACAGCGCGGGUCGCUACGCGGGUGUGCUGGACUGCUUUGUGAAGACGGCCCGGCAGGAGGGGCUGCCCGCCUUCUACAAGGGCUUCGCGCCCAACUUCGGUCGGCUGGGCUCCUGGAACGUCACCAUGUUCCUCACGCUGGAGCAGGUUAAGAAGCUGUUCCUGUCCAAGGACGACUAGGGCGGCCAGGCGGUACGGCAGCCGUCAGCAGCAGCAGCAGCGGCCGGCGCCAGCCGUGUUGUGGAGAGGUGGUAGCACCCGGUAGCAGGUGGACUGCAGGAGCGUGCAGGCCGCAGGAUGGGGUGUGUUGCGCGAGGGAGGGGAUCAGGGGAGGCGGAGUGGUGCGUGCCUUGUUGUACCCCGUGUGGCUGGAAGGCAGGGGGGUGCAGGAUUGCACUGCGCACGUCCCGAUUUUGUUUCCGCCGGGGACUGCGAAGAAUUGACGAGAAUAAGUUGCUUUGGUUGUGACCUAGGCGCACCAGGAUGAUGGUCUCUUGAUGCUGCUGAUGUAGAUUGGGCCUCCACUGAACCUCUUGCCUCCUGCGCCGCCCCCACGAUGACCCGUGGGUCACCACGCCAUUCGGAUGGGCUGCCUGUGCCUCUGUAACAUAUUAAGCAAC